CUUGUCGUUCUUAUAUCAAUGAUACUGACUUUGACAUAUGGAUACCAGAUCUUAUCUCAGACAAAUGAGACCGCGCAGGCUACGGAAAUACAUGGAUGCCAUGCAGCUGGAACAUGUCAUCUAUACCAAUCCAGUAAUGCUGUAGAUGGAGAUAUUAACACGUGUACAAGGACAAAAGAAAUUGGGUUUACUUCUCCAGAUAAAUGGACAUGGUGGUAUGUUGACCUUGAGAACGUACUCAGAAUCUACAGCAUCAGAAUACAGUUCAAAGACUAUGGAAAACAAUAUGCCACGAGACAAAGAGGACGUGCUGCUGGUUUCUCGCUCUAUGUGUCAAACACAACGAUAAAGGAGGAUGGGUAUCUGUGUUACAAGAACGGACAGGAGUUACCGACCUUGGAUUUCAGUACAACUUGUGUGAAACAUGGACGUUACGUUAUAUUCUACAAUGAAAGACUUCACGGGAUAACUUAUCCUACCGGAUAUCAAACAGCCGCAGUUCACACUGAAUUGUGUGAAGUAACUGUAACAGGUUGUGAAGAAUCCGAUGUGUUUGGAUAUAACUGUGAUGUACCCUGCCCAAACAACUGUCAGGAAUCGAGAUGUGACAUUGUCAACGGAACGUGUUUGGUGGGAUGUACUGCAGGAUGGGUGGGACACUUUUGUAACAAAUCAUGUCCAGCUGGAUAUUACGGUCUACAGUGUAAUUCUACGUGUAUUGGACACUGCAGAGACAACCUGUCCUGUAAUCACACCACUGGUCGAUGUGACUAUGGCUGUGGUAAUGGAUGGACAGGAACACAUUGUAACCCAGAGUGUCCAGCAGAAUCAUACGGUCCUGAUUGUGUGUAUAACUGUAGUGGACAGUGUCUGAGUUACCUCCCCUGUAACAGGACAACAGGAAUAUGUGACGAUGGGUGUAAUCCAGGAUAUACCGGAGAACUCUGUGACAAAAUUUGCAAUGCUACGUUUUAUGGAGAAAACUGUUCUGUACUAUGUAAUGAGAACUGUGUCAAUCAGUCAUGUGACCAUAUCACAGGCAGCUGUACAUACGGAUGUAAACCGGGAUGGAAGACUCCUCACUGCAAACAGGCAUGUGACAAUGGAACAUAUGGACUCAACUGCUCCCAGAAUUGUUCUCAGAACUGCCUCGACAUUUGUGAUUCUGUUGACGGAUCCUGCACGUGUUCCUCUGGGUGGACGGGGUCCCCUGACUGUAAUGAAAUUUGCAAUGCUACGUUUUAUGGAGAAAACUGUUCUGUGCGAUGUAAUGAGAACUGUGUCAACCAGUCAUGUGACCAUAUCACAGGCAGCUGUACAUACGGAUGUAAACCGGGAUGGAGGACUCCCAACUGCACACAGACAAUAUUCGUCUUGUCUGAAAAUCAGAAUACCAAGUUCAAAGAAGAAUACAUGAUAAUUCCUAGAGGAGAACUACACCCAUGUAAUGAAGGAAAGAAACAGGAAAAUGUUGCCAAAAAUCGGUACAUCACGAUUUUCCCGUAUGACCAUUCACGUGUUGUUCUGGAAACAUCACCAAAAGAGUCAGACUACAUUGACGUGAAUUAUAUUGAGGAUGUGCAAGGAAAGAAAUUGUAUAUUGCAACGCAAGGACCAAAAUCAAAGACAAUUGUUGUUUUCUGGAAAAUGGUCUGGGAAGAAGACAUUAGUGUAAUUGUUUGUCUGACGAAUCUCAAAGAGGGAAAGAAGAACAAAUGUGCCGAAUACUGGCCAAAUUCCAGUGACAAGAUAAAGAAAGGCAACAUCAGCAUACGAAACCAGAAAGAAAACGUAUACGCGGACUAUGUCAUCAGACACUUCCGCUUGCAAAACAACGCCGAUAAAGUUGAGCGUGACGUGUGUAUGUUCCACUACACGCAGCGGCCACAUCACGGUGUCCCAGAACCGCUGGCUCUCGUGGUAUUCCAUCAACACGUUCUGAAAACUUCUGUUGAAUUCUUUCAUAUUUUUCAAUACGCUUGGAUUGGUAGGACAGGGACGUAUAUUGCAUUGGACGCGCUUAAUAAGGGAGGCGAGAUAACCGGGAAAGUUAAUAUCCGGCAGUAUGUAGAAACCAUGAGAAACAGCCGUGCUAACAUGAUCCAGGGCGACGAGCAAUACAGAGUUGUUUACUUGGCAUUACUUGAAUCAUUCCGAGGAAAAAGAAGGUCUGUAUCAACCAGGACAUUUCUACGAGAAUUCCAGGACCAUUCCUGUUACAUGAAUCUCGGAGAAGUAGCCAAUAAAUCACCACUUUCUGCUGAAUUUCAGGACCUGUUGUCCAGAAGGCGAGAAUACACACAAGAAGACUACAAAACAGGGCGGCAAAAUGUAUCGGCCAAUUACAAACCCAGUGUUCUGUCUGUUGAAAGUUACAUGUGUCCAUUGUCAAACACUAAAGGGAAGAACACCUACUAUAAUGUAGUUUCUUUACAGUCUUUGACAAGAAAUGACCAUUUCAUCAGUGCUCAAUAUCCUCUCCCAGAUUACACAGAGGACUUCCUGAGACUUGUGAAGGCUUAUUAUGCACCUACAAUUGUAUCUCUGAGCCCGUUGGUGGAAAUCGAAUCGGAAUGUUUGUGUUUUCUUUUUCAGUCUUCAUUUUGGCUUCCUGCUAAAAAUGAAAGCAAAACGAUUGGAGCAUUCACGACUAAAAUGACAGACUGUACACAAACGACAACAGUCACCACAACUAGCAUUACUCUGCACCAAAAGGGAGCUAGUGGCAUGAGCGUUUGCGUACUGGAAAGUAGAAGAUGGAAAGGAGAAAGCGAUUCCUCAAACCGGAGAGUUUUACUUGAUCUCGUCAACGAAGCGAGAGUGGAGGAAAGGACCCACCCCGAGGGAAGGAUUCUGGUUCUGUCGAGUGAUGGGGCCAAGCGAUGUGGACAAUUCUUAGUUGUAUCCAAUGCUCUGGAACAACUUACCAUGGAUACAGAGGUGGACAUAUUUACAAUCACAAGACAACUCCAAAUCCGACGGCCAGAGUUCAUAUUUUCUUUGGAAGAAUAUCAGUUUUGUUACGAGGCCAUUGCUGAUCAUCUCCAAAAUGACACAGUGUACGCGAAUUGCUGAGGACCAGUUAAAGAGACUGUAACAUCAAACACAAUGAAUUACAUCAACCAACCUUCUUCCUAAUAACAAUUAUAUAUGUACUGGUAUUAUUGACUCACCCACACUUCACUUAUUGUGUGUGUUUGUUUCUUAUUAAUUAUUCUUCCGCUUCUUGUUCUUCUGCCUUAAAAUGUCCGCAGGCAUUGUCCGUAAACAGUAGAUGAAAGUAUUAGAAACUUAAGGAUGUGAUAAGGCAAAAUAUCUAGUUGUGUAGAAAUGUUUUUGUUUUCAGAUUAAAUGGGGUUAAAUUAUAUUUUGGGGAGUGAGUCCAACAUAGAACUAUGUGUGGAAAAAUUAGUUCCAAAAUUCAACAGAUAUAACUUGAAAAAUAUGAUUGCGUGCUUGGGUAUUCGGAAAUGAGAAGAUGCCGGGGCAUACAAAUUAGUAUCAAGGUCAGGGACCCCAGUGACCGAUAUUGAUAGAGACUUGGGAUCUCUCAGAUAUGAUAAGACUAACAGGCAACAAACUAGCAUCAAGGUCAAACUACUCCUAUGACCUUCACCUUGAUCAUAAAACGCAUUACAUUAUGGGAACAACAUUGACAUGGAAUCGAUAAAGAUAUGAUACUGAAAUGGAGCUGAGUCGAAUCACACCGUUCCCACCACACAACCAGUAAUCAACGUCUCCUCCAAUACAAUGCAGCAUACACCCAGUCACCACUUGUUCUCUUCCUUUAUAUCUAAUUCAGCUUUUUAAAACCAUUGCACCUUUAAUUCUGUGUCUAAUCCAUUUAAUUUUGCUCAGUAACUCUACCUGACCUGACCUGAACGCACUCCGUCAGCCAUUUGUGUUGCUGUUUUCAUUCUUACUUUCAUGUAUUCAACGCACCAUUUCAUAAAAGUUGAUUAAAGCUUGUUGAUGA